UUCGAUUGUAGUGAAUGUGUAAACCGGACCGGUUCAGUUUGAAAGGAGAAAACAAAACCCUUCCAGAAAGGCCUCAAAACCCAACCCAGCCCCCACGCUUCUCUCUCAGUCUUACAGCGAUCUGCUUAGCCUCCAAAACUCCAUAGCAGUAAGUGAAAUGUCUGUAAAGGUUUUGAAUCCAAAUGCGGAGGUACUCAACAAAUCGGCCGCGCUUCACAUGAACAUUAAUGCCGCCAAGGGUUUGCAGGAUGUUCUCAAGACCAAUCUCGGCCCUAAGGGCACCAUUAAAAUGCUUGUUGGUGGUGCCGGUGACAUUAAACUUACCAAGGAUGGAAAUACAUUGCUGAAGGAGAUGCAAAUACAAAACCCAACUGCAGUAAUGAUUGCUAGGACUGCUGUUGCUCAAGAUGAUACAAGUGGUGACGGAACAACAUCUACUGUGCUUUUCAUUGGGGAGCUCAUGAAACAAUCUGAGCGUUGCAUCGAUGAAGGGAUGCAUCCUCGUGUGCUAGUUGAUGGUUUUGAAAUUGCAAAAAGAGCAACACUACAAUUUCUUGAAAAAUUUAAGACUCCUGUAGUGAUGGGUGACGAGCCAGAUAAAGAGAUAUUGAAGAUGGUUGCAAGAACAACAUUGAGAACAAAGUUGUAUGAAUCUCUGGCUGAUCAACUGACAGACAUUGUUGCGAACGCUGUGCUCUGCAUCCGCAACCCUGAAGAAGCUAUUGAUCUUUUUAUGGUUGAAAUAAUGCACAUGCGCCAUAAGUUUGAUGUUGACACUCGUUUGGUUGAGGGUCUUGUGCUCGACCAUGGUUCAAGACAUCCAGACAUGAAAAGACGAGCUGAGAAUUGUUACAUUAUGACUUGUAAUGUAUCAUUGGAAUAUGAGAAGAGUGAAGUAAAUGCUGGGUUUUUCUACUCAAAUGCGGAGCAGAGGGAGGCAAUGGUUGCUGCCGAAAGGCGCUCAGUUGAUGAGAGAGUGCAAAAGAUCAUUGAUCUUAAAAACAAGGUUUGUUCAGGGAAUGACAACAACUUUGUUGUUAUCAAUCAGAAAGGGAUUGAUCCAACAUCCCUUGACCUUCUCGCUCGGGAAGGAAUAAUUGCUCUUCGAAGAGCAAAGAGAAGAAACAUGGAACGCUUGGUUUUGGCAUGUGGCGGUGACGCAGUUAACUCUGUUGAUGAUCUUACUCCUGAGUGCCUUGGCUGGGCCGGUCUGGUGUAUGAGCAUGUUCUUGGCGAAGAGAAGUAUACAUUUGUAGAAAAUGUCAAAAAUCCUCAUUCCUGCACUAUUCUUAUAAAAGGGCCAAAUGACCAUACAAUAGCACAAAUUAAAGAUGCUGUUCGUGAUGGACUGAGAGCAGUCAAAAAUACCAUUGAAGAUGAAGCAGUUAUACUGGGUGCUGGGGCCUUUGAAGUUGCAGCUCGACAAUACCUGAUCAACGAAGUGAAGAAAACUGUUAAAGGGCGUGCCCAACUUGGUGUGGAAGCUUUUGCUAAUGCCCUCCUUGUGAUACCAAAAACACUUGCUGAGAACUCUGGCCUUGAUACUCAAGAUGUGAUUAUAGCGCUGACGGGAGAACAUGACAAGGGAAACAUUGUUGGACUAAAUCAGCACACUGGUGAACCUAUAGAUCCCCAAAUGGAAGGGAUAUUUGACAAUUAUGCUGUUAAGCGUCAGAUUGUGAAUUCUGGCCCUGUCAUAGCAUCUCAGCUGCUACUUGUUGACGAAGUAAUUCGCGCAGGACGUAAUAUGCGGAAACCAACUUAGCUUUCUUUCAUGUACAUCUAAUAUCAGUGAUUUCCCUUUUCCUUUUUUCAUGGUGUUCAUUUGGUGUUUCUUGGUGAAAGAAUGAAAUUAAAAAGAUGGGCAGGCCGGAUGGGUGUAGUUGGUGGUUGUCUGAGAAGUGAGCGUUAUUUUGUUGCUUGGGUUUGCAUAUAGGACUAUAUCUCCACUGCAGGUCAAACGAAUUAAGAGUUUUGAAUUUCAUUUUCAUGGUGGAGGAUUUUGUUCAUCAGUUGCCUAUUUAGCAUGUCUUGUAUUCCACAAUUAGAACCAUUAUUAUAAUUUAUAUCCAACAUCUUCAGUACUAAAUCAUUCUAAACUCUUUUCGAAUCUCAAAUUAGUGGUUGUAUGAGUCAAAGCCUUUGAUCAUAAAUUCAUGGAGUAGACACAUUCUCAGUG